CUGUUAUAAUAAUGUUUAUAAAAACUUAACAACAUUAAUCACUAUUUCUAUUUGUACAGAUAAGUGUAGUUGUAAAUAAAAUAGUUGUAUAUGAUUAUCACAUCAAAAAUUAUAUACUGUUAUGCAUCAAUAUUCUUAGAUGAAAUGUAGUACAUUUGGAUAAAUUAAAAAAUUGCUGUUCAGUGAAUAAAAUUGUUAAACAAUGUUACCACGAUUUUUGAAACUUUACUACCAAGUCUUGGAUGAAUCAAUCAUUAACAUAAGAAGGGUGUCUUCUGGAAGGGGCAAGAAAUUUUUUGGAGCCAAGUAUAGAUAUGAUGGCGAUCAUGAUAAACCUAGACAUCAAGAACAAGACAACUACGAAGAAUCUGAGAUGAAAGAAAACAUUCCACGAGAAAAAAGAUACUGCAUUGUUAAGUGUAAAAAUCCAAAACUAAAUUUUUAUGAAGGAGACACUUAUCCCAAGUUUGAACCGAUUCCUAUGGCAUCACGAGGAUGGCACAGCAGAAUGUCUAAAGGGGACUACUUUACAAUAUUUCCAAAUGAAAAAAUAGAAGAUGAAGAAGGGACAGAUACAACAACAAGUUUUAGUGAUAUUGAUUUGGACAGUAGAUUGUUAAAAAGCAUCGAAGAAAAUGAUUUGGUUCAUCCCACACCAAUUCAAAAAUUGGGAAUACCAAAAAUUUUGGCUGGCAGUAAUGUUGCCCUCACUGCUGAAACUGGCUGUGGUAAAACUUAUGCUUUUCUCAUUCCUUUGAUACAACAAGUACUCCAAUGGAAGCAAAUGUUACCACAAAGAUCACUCAACUCACCAUUAGCUAUUAUCAUGACGCCUAGUAAGGAGCUGACUCUGCAAAUUGCGAAAGUAGCUCGGCAACUGACCAAAGACCUUGACAUAAAUAUUGUAAAAUUUGCAUAUGGAAAUGCUAAAAGAGUAUCAUACAACCCACCCAUAAGAGAAGUUGACAUCAUAAUAUCCACUGUUGGAAUUAUGAGCAAUAUGGCAUCGAUACAUAGUUUCGAUCUAGAUUACGUGAGACAUGUCAUUCUUGACGAAGCUGAUACCCUACUUGACAAAUCCUUCAGCUUCAUAACUUGCAGUGUUUUAACUAAGCUACAGCUUGGUGCUUACAGGAAUCCCGAUUCUAUGGAAUUUCCUGCUACAGCACAGCUGACAUUGAAUUCUGCAACGAUUCCUCAAAAUUUGGACGGAUUGUUAGAACGCAUAAUAGAUCCUCAAUCGAUUAUACCAGUGGCUACUGGAUUUCAACACCAAAUCAAAGUUCCACAAAAAUUUUUGAGACUUGGAUCAUCAGAGAAACCAGUGAUGCUGCUAAAAAUAGUCAAGUCAAAGACAAAGAAUAAAAUACCCAUCAUUGUGUUCUGCAAUAAUAUUGAAACUUGCGACUUUGUCAGUAUUUUUCUCAAGCAAUACGGUAUCAACUGCACCAGGUUGCACAAAAAGAUGUCUUUGGCAGAGAGAAAAGGGAAAAUCAUGGAGUUCCAGAAUGGCCACACCCACGUUUUGACCACUACUGAUGCUGGAUCGCGCGGUAUCGAUACUACCCUUGCCAAGGAUGUUAUAAACUUUGAGUUUCCUCUGAUCACGGCAGAGUACAUUCAUCGGUGCGGAAGAGUCGGGCGCAUCGGUAGUCCCAGAGAUUGUUUGGUUUAUAACUUCAUCACUAGACCACUGGAGGUUAUUUUAACCAGCAAAAUAGAAUUCGCCGCGCGUAAAUUGAAGCCGAUACCCAUGGUCGACAUGCUACACAACAAAUACGACGAGGAGGGUCAAUUCUUGAGUGCCCAAGAAGAGGGCAACAAUGUUCACGAGUUGAAAUGGGAUAAUGAUGGUAAUGAUAGGAAUAACUCAGAUUCGAGGGCAGAUGAUGAUGAAAAAAACGAGGACAAAAGAUGCUCUGUCCCGCAAUGAGUGUGCUGUGAAAGUGUGUUUUUUUAUAGUUUAUUGUUGAACCGAGUCGUUUUUAAAUAAA